UGGGUCUGUGAAGACAACUCUAUCUCCUUAUAUGCAGAUAUCCAAGCUUAUAGCUUUUCAUUGCUUUGCAUAUCUUGUCUUACAUUUAGGCAUUCUUCUCUUCUUUGAAACACUCUGUAUUAGUCUGUGAUCUCAGAACACUGUACAGAAAAGAGAUUAGAGGUCUAUCAAUAUAUCUCUGUAUUAUAAACACUGAUAUUGAGGAAAAAUCUCUAAAAGUUAAGAACAUGACUCUAACCGAAGGACCUCUACCUGAGCUUGUUUAAAAGAGGUGGCUGUGAGCCAGCUCAGGUUGUUUUUGAUCAUUUAAUAGGAACAGGUUGGUAUCUCCAGAGGAGACAUACUUUGAUUUGUACCCACAUAAUAACCUAAGAAACUCCAGUUGUAUGUUUUAUAUAUACUAUUCUCUAAUCCAACAAUAUUUAAUAUCCCCAUUUUAUAUUCUACUGUCAUAAGAGAAAAGGAUAUGUUUAAAUUAAUUACAAUUUUACUUAAGUACUUCAGAAAAUUGCUCUUAACAGUUUCUGCUGUAUUCAUGUUGAACAUCUUGUCCACGAUAGAAUGAUUCCUCUGCUUUUCAGGAAGAGUUUUCAAACUUCUGUGGUUGAAGCCCUUUGCUUUAACUCAUUAGACUUUUGUCUAAUGAAAGAAUUUCUCUGUACCUCAUCUAUAGUUCUACAAAUAUGUACAAACCUUUAGGACCAAUAUGGAGUUUGAAAUUUAUCUUAUAUGAAGGUUAAUUUAUAUUUGUUGCUAAACUUACAAGUUUAUAUCCCUGUGUUUGUUUAACUCAGAGCCAAAAGACACAGACCCCAAGCCAUAGUGCUACCAGAGGAGCUGUUAGCCAAAAUGAGGUCAUGACCGUGAUGGUGCUCAAUGCAGCAGAGCCAUUUGAAUGUGAGUCAACAGAACCUGGAGGAAAGAUGAUGUUUCAUGCUACAGUGGCCACUGUGAGCGAGUAUUUCCAUGUGAAAGUUUUCAACAUCAACCUGAAAGAGCAGUUCACAAAAGGGAAUGUCAUCAUAAUCUCCAAUUAUGUCAAGUUCAGAGGAAUCAUAGAGAUAAAGGCAGACUCCUAUGUGACUAGAGCUGAACCCAAUGAAAAGAUUGAAGUUCCCAAGAAGCUUAUCAGUAGAGCAAAUGAAACUCCCAUGAUUUCUGAUAUUCACAAGAGUAAAAAGGUGAACCAAAAGAACACAAUAUAUGAAAUAAAAGAUGAUACAGGAAAUAUUGAAGUUGUAGGGAGUGGGAAAUGCUACAACGUCAGCUGUGAGGUAGGAGACAAACUGCGACUCUUCUGCUUUCAACUGAAAACAAUUGACAAGCGACUGAAGCUGGUGUCUGGAGAGCACAGUUUCAUUAAGGUCACCAAGGCUGGAAAAAAGAAAAUAUCUGCUCUCCAUUCUAACCCGGAAGAUGAAGAAGCAAGUGGCUACCCACAAAAUCAAUUCAGAGCUUUUAACAGUGAAGCUUUUAAAAUGGAGACACCAAGCAACUGGAAAUAGGCUACAGCCUCAGUAGUGCAUCCAAGCAAUUACAUGUAUUGUUACCUGAUUUGUGAUUAUGUAUUUUUUUAUAAAACUCCUUACUCUGUUUUUCUUUAUGAAAAUAACACUUUAAUUUUUCUAGUGUAGAAGUAAUAAAAAUUUCUUUUGAAAAGGAUACCGUCAUUCAGUCAAAGCAGCCAUAUACAGUGCCAUAUACAGUAUGGGGAAAAAUUUUUACCAACUGCACUUCUGAGAAAGGGCUAACAUCCAAAAUAUAUAAAGAACUCAAAAAUCUAAAUAAUCCAGAAAACAAACAACCCAAUUGAAAAUUGGACUAAAGUUCUAAGCAGAGAAUUCUCAAAAGAGAAAGCUCAAAUGGCUGAGAAACACUUAAGAAAUGUUCAGCAUCCUUAGUCAUCAGGGAAUGAAAAUCAAACUAUUUUGAGAAUUCAUCUUCAACCUGUCUGAACAGCUAAGAUCAGUAAAACAGGUGGUAGCUCAUGCUGGUGAGGAUGUGGAGUAAGAGAACAGCCAUCCAUUGCUGGCAGAGUGCAAACUCAUGCAACUUAUUUUAGUCUCCUUAAAACACUUUAAAUGCAAUUCACAUUUUUAGAUAUUUUUGUCUGGGAAGUCUUUUCCAGACUCAAAACCAUAAGAUUGUAUCCUUUGCUGUUUUAAGAAAGUAGUAGUUUAGUUCUUUUCCAUUUAUCCUAUUAUUUGAUUUUUCCAUACUAUUAAGAUGUGAAAUGGGACUGGACGGUGGUGGUGCAUGCCUUUAAUCCCAGCACUCGGGAGGCAGAGGCAGGCGGAUCUCUGUGAGUUCACAAUCAGGCUGGUCUACAAGAGCUAGUUCCAGGACAGGCUCCAAAGCUACAGAGAAACCCUGUCUCGAAAAGAAUGUAAAAUGGGAUUUAAUUUAAUAUGAGUAUGGAAUUUGUCCAUUAAAGUUCUUAUUAUUGGUAAAAUAUGCUUGAAUAAACCUCCUUUCUCCAUUUA